UAUUUCCCUUAGUGACAGCCGCUGUCAGAGACGGCAGCAAUUGCUUGACAAAUUAAAUUAUGUCUCAGGUAAGAUCAGGUAUUUACCUCUCCAAAGAGCACCCGAAGCGUCAGCCCAAGCCACAGGCACCCAAAGGUUGCUGCUGCAAGCGCUCGCAAUGCAUCAAGAACUACUGCGAUUGCUAUCAGUCCAUGGCCAUUUGCUCCAUCUACUGCAAAUGCGUUGGCUGUCGCAAUACGCAGGAGCGGCUGGCGGUGGCAACGCCGCCCAAGAAAACAGCACUGGCGGCCAAACGGGAACGAGCCGCCGCUCUAAGUGCCAAGGCAGCGGCUGCGGCCGCCAAGGCGGGCAUCAAUAUCCAUUUGAAGCCGGCUCCUGGUUCGGCUGCUUUUGCUGGACAACGAUUUGGAGCGGGUGCUCCGCCUCCCGCUGCUGCUACGCCGUCACAAAUCCUACAGCUGCCCGACCUGGAUAUUGAGACUAUCAUCACAUUGCCGCCACCAAAUGUGUCUGCUGCUGCUACAGUCAAGAAGCUGCCGCUGCCACCGGCACUGGGCCAAUCGCUCUACAUCAGUCAGCCGUUGACGCCGCAGAAGGAGGUGAAUAUGUGCAAGCAGCCAGUGAAUGUGGCGUUGCUCGAGUGCAUCCUAGUGCAAGCUGCCGAGGCGGAGGAGCUAGGCCUCACCGAAGUGCAAGUGGGCAAACUAAUACUCCACGAAUUCUCGCGCGGACUGCAGGCCAUCAUAAAGGUCUAUGAGGCUUGA